GCCUGUGCGAGCGUGCGGCGUGUGCAGCAGCAGGCAGUGCCGCUCGCAGUCAAACGGUUCACUCAGUUGACGCCUGUCCGUGAAGGGGUGGGGACGCGUGACCGGCCUGGGAAACGUACAAUCAGAAUACAUGAAAGCAUUUCCUCGUAAAGACAUCAGUGCUUGAGAUUAGUAACUUUCACCGUUUUGAGAUGCGUAGAUAAUAAUUGCUAGAGAGCUGUCAUCACACGGCUGGAUGUCUCGUGGUGGUGGCGGUGGGGAGUGAGUGAGUGAGCUGCCUUUCCAGUGCUUCUUGCCUCCAAGUGAAACAGAUAAAAGGAAAGAGAUCAAGAUAAUGAUGUGACCCACAGGACAUGCCACGGGGUAGAAAAAGGAUCUCUUUGGAUCUCGAGGAUAUCGCCGCCGCCCCCCUCCGCCCUUGCCGUUGCCGCCUCACCCUGAGAGGCCAGGCCGUAGGGCGUAGAGAGUGCCAGGACACGCUGUUCAGGACCAGCUGUGCCAAGGACACCCACGGUUAGGAUGUCUGUUUUAAGGAUGGUGAAAUGUCCACUAUCUGUAUGUGAGGAUGCUAAAAUAUCCAUGAAUCGCUUGUGACCGAAGCAACUUGACGCGUGGACAAUCAGUGAUGAAGUGAGGCAUCGUCGAGGAGGCUGUGAUGACUGCGGGGAUAGUGGCACUCCCGGGUGUUGUGUUCCCUGGCGGCUGGCUGGCUGGCGGGGGAGCGGCCUGGCUGGCUGGUUAAGUGGCUGAGACACACGCCUGAUAAGCAAACACACUCACGCACGCCUGGUACAUACUACAAAUGGUACAUACUGCGUAACCCGUGGCGGCGAAGAAGGCAGACACUCGCCGCAGGAAUAUGUGUUACACAGAAGAUACAUAAAAAAGGAUAUAUGUAUAUAGUGAUGGACUUCUGUUCAAAUUGGAGAAAAAAGUGUGAAAAGGGAAUUGAUUGUGAAACUUUUGGAGAAGAAAAAGAAGGAAGGAGAGGGAGAGAAAAGUAAAUAAGGAAUUGCUUUAUUGGGUAAAUUCGAAACCACUCAAGAACUGACAUCCAAGUUGAAAAGAAAACAAGGAAUCGCUUCAUAAACUUUGGUAAGAGUGAGGGAGAGGAAAGCAAUUAAAAACAAUUCACGGUUUCGGUUAGAGAGACGCGAUAGUAAGAGAAAAUCUAAAAACUUCGAGAGGAGUGAAACAUAAAAGAAGAAGGGAUCAAUACGCACUUUAUUAAGUCUGGGAAGCGAGGGGCAGAAUAAUAAGGAUCAAUACCCAAGUACAUAUCAAGGAGGUGCCGUUUUAAUGAAAAAAAUAAUCAAAAUCAUCAGCGUCGUGUUCUCCACAUCACACAGAACUGACUCAACAUGGGAUAGUGUUUUGACAAAGGAAGGAAACAACACGAAGCAACAGGCGAAAAAAACUGAGUACACCGAGACAAAUGUUUUGAUGGAAUAAACAGAACAUAACACAUUAUAAACACAACAUUUUGGAUAGACGAAAAAACUCCACUAGCUCAUUUUUCCCUCCAGCACGUCAUGGCGACUUACUGAAAGAUGGAAGGAACGCUGUACCCCAGAAACAAGAGAGUAUAGAAAAAAAGAAAGACAUGAAAACAUAUAUAACUAUAUUCCACAAAAUAGCAAGAAGAUCAAGAACCACACACCGCUGAAGUCACCUCCUUGUCAAGCAACUUCAAGUGCCUGUGAGGCUUUUGACAUUCUUUCAUGGGUGUGCAUGUCUGGGCGGGGUGUUGCCAUUCACUCGAGCGCUCAGGACAUUUAGGGCCAGUUUCACAGUUCCCCAUGAUCGGUUAGUAAGCUCCCAAACCAAUACCAGAGCCUUCGAAAUUUCCUUGUAUAGUGUCUGGUGUUUACAUUUAAGUUCACAAAUUUGAUGAAACUAUACUGGAAAAGUCUUGUGUAUUUAAUGUGGCAUCGAAGACCUCCCCAUUUUGGAUUGUAUAGAAUUCUAAAGUUUGGUUCGGGCUGUUACGAAGACACUGUGUUGGACUGUGAAAUCGGCUCAUAAGCCCGCCCUCCCUCCCUUGCUUCCUUUCCCCGACACUCCCUAGCAGUUCACUCUCCUUCAAAUAAGCAGCAGACAAGAACUACUACGACUGCACGCCACAGCAUACGCCGCCAACAGAGAGUGGAAGAUACAAAAAGAUAGAAAGAAAAACAGACUUACUAUGUGGGUUGCUCAGAACACUCCCGAACUGCAGGCACCCAUGUUGUCAGGCAGCGAGGAGGAGCAGUCGACGCGCCGCCCCUUUGAGUUCCUGACGAGCAUCUUCAAGCGUCGGCGAGAACACGAGUGCGAGACCGAGACCGAGGACGAGGCUACUUCCAUUAACACCACCCCCACCGCCGCCACCGCCACCAGGCAGCCGGACAUCACCCUGCGUGGUCCGGAUGAUGGUCAGAGCUGGGCACGUGACGACAUGGCCUCCCCGCCGAGGAGGCUUCUGGCGGCGGCUUGCUUGGAGGCCUCGGUGACGCUGCUAGAGGAUGGGGACGUGGGCGCGGCGGUGGGGGCCGUGCACCACACUCCCGUCAAGUCCCGCGACAUAGGAAUUGACAUGGAGGCCAUCAGACUCUCCCGGCAGGACAACCCUUACCUGCAGAGAGUGGCGGAGUCCCAGACCACACUGACGGAGGAGGAAGAGGCCGCGGAGGACGUGGGCGGCAGCCAGCAGGAGGACCGUGCUCACCUCGUGACGCAGGCAAGUCAGGAGGGGCGCUUUCUCUGA